GACCAUUCAGGCUGUGUGUGACCAUUACCUGCCAUAUAGUGUAACUCUUUCCCUUUUGUGUGAUUUCUAACCUUCUUUGUAAGUGACAGAGGGGUAUGACAGACCAGGAGAGCCCCACUGUGGAUGAUCCCCCUCCAACAUACCCAAUCUUCCUCCUUGUCUUCUUCUUCUUCAUCACCGGCCUUCUGGGUUUUCUAAUCUGUCACUUAUUGAAGACGAAGGGCUACCGCUGUGAACUGGAAGAGGAUGAAGAAGACUGUGAAGGCAAACUGGGAGCAGACCAAGAUGAUGUAUCAGAAGACAGUCAAGACACUGUGGAACAAAUUCUGAAGUGUAUCAUUGAGAAUGAAGCUAAUGUGGAGGCCUUCAGAGAGAUGUUGGUUGGCCAAAAUGUUUGUGAACAUCAUGACCCACGGCUGCGUCAUAAAGACAGUGUCGGUGGUCUUCCCCUUCACCACCACACAGUUCAUCUCGGAGGUGAAAUCAGCUCUUGCGUUCACUGCAUGCAAGGACAAAUCUUAAAAACGCGACGCAGAAGCCGCGUGGCCAGAAGCAAAGCCCGGCCAGGAGAGCAGACUGUGUUUUCUGUGGGAAGAUUCCGUGUCACCCACAUGGACAAGAGAAACAGCCUUCACGGGUCAAUGAAUCUUCCUACCCCCAAGCCAGGAAACACAUCGAAUGACACAACGCUCUCAGACAGCAGGACGGGAUUGAAGGAAACUUCACUGAAGUCUCAGGAGGAAUACAACAUCCGCAACAUGUUUAAAGACUCUGGAGCAACUAACGGCAAAGUCCCAAAUGUAGGCAAACGGAAGAAGAGUGUGACUUUGCUGGGCUUUUACAAGACUAGUAGUCCUGUGGAGAUCAAAGCAGGGCCGGAAGUAUUUGUGGAGGACAAAGAAGGAUCAACCACUGCUGAUCAGCUCUCCAUCUCACUGGAAGAAUGCUUGAGCUCCGUUCCGGUGUCUCCCUCUGACACUGAAGCAGCUUUAAAUCCAAAUUCAAAUAAAGGUUCUGGUUAUAAAUUAGAUGAGACUUUUAGGGAGAACAGCCCAGAGAAACAAAAGCCUGAGGAUGAUGAGACUUUAAAUGCGAAAUCGCAAGAGAAAUUAAGUACGAGCACGGCAGAGAUUGUUGAUGAUAGUUCUAAAGGAUGCUCUAGAUUUUCUGUGGUACGAACUGUGGAGGAGGCUGUCGUCAUACCUGCAGCUGAUACCGACAACAGAGGAGAAAGUACAGUACAACAAGAUAACCCUAAGACUGAGCAAAUUAGUCAGAAGAGUAUAGACAGCAGCAAAUAAUCAGUAAACUAAUAGACCAUAGAUAUGAUUACAGAAUCCCAGCCCCACAAAUAUUAACGCCGGUCAGACAAUCGUGUUUAAAGAAACACUUCACUUCAACCGGAAACACGCAAAAACUCACAAAAGUGUUUAGAUAAUUUUCCUACUUAAAGUUUGACUCUUCUGUAGUUACAUCGUGCAUGAAGACAGAUACAUUCAUUCAUUUAUUUUCCUUUGGCUUAGUCCUAACGACUGAGCCUGAAGGGACUAUGUUUCUCUGCGGGCCUGGGAACGCCUCAGGAUCCCCCUGGAGGACCUGGAGGAAGUGUCUGGGAAGAGGGAAUGAAUAAUGAAUGAAUAAUAUAAAAUAAAUUGAAUUGAUUAAAAAUGGUCAAAACUCAACUGUUUAUCUCUAGGGAAGUGGUAAAAUUAGUCUAUUUUCAAAAACAGUAUAGUGUCCUUUGAGAAUGUGACACGUUUUUGACCCUGGGCCACACAAUGAGUCUUAAAUUGCACAUGUAAACUUGUGCGAAUAGCUAAAAACGAAUUGUAUUCAGUACAAACUUCUAUAGAAUAUUAAAUAAAAAUGUUAUGUAAACAUGUCA